AUGAUGAACCCAUUUGACGAUGGCGAUGAGCAGAAGGAACAUUCAAUAAAACUACCAUAUGCCGCUUAUACGCGAAGUUCAAGUCCUACAAAGAGGUAUCAGCCAUUAGACUAUGACAGUGAAGAGGAUUCCCAUGAAGGUUUUAUUGGGUUUCCUGCAUCAGAAAUCAAACAAAGUCAAGAGGGAAUUAAACAAUCACCAAAUAUAUUCUCAAGAAGCACAGGAAGAACCAACAAUCAGAGCAAAAACACAAAGUCUCCGUUUGUUGGCAAUGCACCAAAUUUAGAGUUUGAUCCUAAUAUGGAUAUUGAUACUACCCCCAGAGCACACUACACUUCACGCGAAUCUCCAAAGAGGCAAAGGAAUACCGAGGUAUUGAUUGGUGAUGAUAGUGAUGACGACAAUAACAUAAAUAACGGAUCUCCAUUCAGAACUUCAUUCAAAGGAAGCACGAUUAGCAGUCAAAGAUACUUGGACCCCCCACAACCAAUAUUCUCGCCUGGUACGCUUUACGAUGCUGGCCACUAUAAUGAUGACCAAAGUACGUACUAUGAGGACGAGAAGAAGUUCGACAUAGACGAUGGUGCAAAGGAAGUAACUAGAGAUGAUGCCAAAUCUUUGUACUCUGAAUCCACAGCGUACACGGGAUAUUCACACUUAUCUGACCCCAAUGAUGAAGCUCAAUAUUUCACUGAGUCAAUUGAUGGCAACCUCAUGCAAAACAUUGACGCAGCGUAUAAUCCCCAUAGGGAGAAAACCAUCACACGCAGGAAGGUAAGACUAGUUGGCGGUAAGAAAGGAAAUUUGGUUUUGGAGAAUCCUAUACCAGGGGAGUUACGCAAGGUGUUGACAAGAACCGAGUCGCCAUUUGGAGAAUUUACCAAUAUGACCUAUACAGCUUGUACCUCAGACCCAGAUACGUUUGUUGAAGAAGGAUUCACAUUAAGAGCAGCGAAAUAUGGAAGAGAAACGGAAAUUCUUGUCUGCAUUACUAUGUAUAAUGAAGACGAAUUUUCAUUUGCUAGAACUAUGCAUGGGGUGAUGAAAAAUGUUGCCCAUUUAUGUUCGAGACGUAAAUCCAAAGUUUGGGGAAAAGACAGCUGGAAGAAAAUUCAAGUGGUUAUUGUUGCUGAUGGUCGAAACAAAAUUAAUGAGUCCGUAUUACAGCUACUCACUGCAACCGGUUGCUAUCAGGAUAAUUUAACAAGGCCAUAUGUUAACAAUAAACAAGUGAAAGCGCAUUUGUUUGAAUACACAACCCAGAUAUCUAUUGAUGAGGAAUUGAAAUUCAAGGGAGAUGAGAAGAACUUGACUCCUGUUCAAGUUCUAUUUUGCCUAAAAGAACAAAACCAAAAGAAGAUCAAUUCACAUAGAUGGUUAUUCAACGCAUUCUGUCCAGUAUUGGACCCAAAUGUCGUAGUCCUCCUUGACGUGGGAACCAAACCAGACAAUCACGCUGUCUACAAUUUAUGGAAAGCAUUUGAUAAAGACUCCAAUGUCGCUGGUGCCGCAGGAGAAAUUAAAGCAAUGAAGGGAAAAGGGUGGAGAAACUUGAUUAACCCGUUGGUUGCUUCACAAAAUUUCGAGUACAAGUUAUCGAAUAUUCUUGAUAAGCCAUUAGAGUCAUUGUUCGGAUAUAUAUCGGUGCUUCCGGGGGCUUUAUCUGCAUACCGUUACAUUGCACUCAAAAACCACGAGGACGGCACCGGGCCCUUGGCGUCCUAUUUUAAAGGUGAAGACUUACUCAAGUCUCACGAAAAAGACAAGGAAAACACCAAAACCAAUUUCUUUGAAGCAAAUAUGUAUUUGGCAGAGGAUAGGAUAUUGUGUUGGGAACUUGUUUCAAAAAGGGGUGACAAUUGGGUUUUGAAAUUUGUAAAGCUGGCUACAGGAGAAACAGAUGUACCGGAAACUAUAUCUGAAUUUCUAGCACAAAGGAGAAGGUGGAUCAAUGGUGCUUUCUUUGCAGCUUUGUACUCCUUAUACCAUGGAAAAAAGGUCUGGAAUACAGACCAUUCAUUUGCGAGAAAGUUUUGGCUUCACGUUGAAUUCAUGUAUCAAACAGUGAGUUUGGUGUUUUCAUUCUUUUCAUUGAGUAACUUUUACUUGACUUACUAUUUCCUUACUGGUUCACUUGUGUCGUACAAGCACUUGGGUCAUAAUGGUGGUUUCUGGAUCUUCACAUUGUUCAAUUACCUAUGCAUUUGUGUUUUGACCUCGCUAUUCAUUGCUUCCAUUGGAAACCGACCACACGCUUCAAAGAAUAUAUUCAAAGGUCUCAUAAUAUUGCUAACGGUUUGUUCAUUGUAUGCUUUAAUUGUGGGAUUAGUUUUUGUUGUCAACACAAUAGACCAAUUUGGCCUGGGAAAUACCUCGUCGUACGUUUUGAUAAGUAUCGUGGUAUCGCUACUUUCCACCUAUGGAUUAUACACACUAAUGUCAAUAUUAUACUUAGAUCCGUGGCAUAUGUUGACUUGUUCUGUCCAAUACUUCCUAAUGAUUCCUGCUUACACCUGCACAUUGCAAAUUUUUGCAUUCUGUAAUACCCACGAUGUAUCUUGGGGUACAAAGGGAGAUAACAACCCACAAGAUGAUAAGACGAAUCAAUAUAUUAUCGAACAGAAUGCUCAGGGUGAGUACGAAGCGGUUGUACUGGAUGUGAAUAUCGACGAAGUUUAUCUUGAAACAUUGUACAAUAUUAGGGCCAACAGAUCUGGUAAAAAGCUACAAAAGAAGAAAGCCACUAAGCAUGUUUUAGACGGAGACGAUUACGCAAAAGAUGUUCGAACAAAGGUGGUGCUUUUCUGGUUGUUGGCCAAUUUGAUCUUCAUCAUGACUAUGGUUCAAGUUUAUGAGCCUGGAGAUACCGCUCAAAAUAUUUACCUUGCCUUUAUUUUGUGGACGGUGGCGGCACUCUCUCUUUUUAGAGCUGUUGGCUCUUGUGGUUAUUUGCUUCAUGAUUACAUUCGCAGCUUAGUUGAGAUGUCUAGUAAAUGGAAAAACAGAAGAGCAGGCUACAAUCAGACAAACAACAACCCUUUGAAUUAA